AUGGCUCCGGACCCAGACGAGGACGAUCUUUCCGACCUUGAUGAUAUGCUGGACGACUUCUCGGCCACUUCCAUCAAAGACCAGAAACCCGCUGCUCCUUCCACUUCCACCGCACCUUCCUCGACGCAAAAACCUUCCUCUUCCUCUAUACCCUCACAACCUUCUACCGAGGACGAUGACUUUGCCCGCCAAUUACAGGCCGGUAUGGCUGAGCUGCUGGGAGGUCUCGGAGAGGAUCCGGAAAUGCAAAAACAGUUCGAGCAAAUGAUGAAGGAGCUCAGUGCUGCUGCAGAACAAGAAGCUGCCUCUACGCCCGCCCCAUCAAAUGAUGCUGCUCCCAAACCAAAUACCACCUCUUCGUCUUCGGCCAAGCCUGCUUUCGCUUCAACCAUCGAAAAGACCAUGGAACGCAUGCAAGCUUCCGGUGACUCUGCCUCUGCUGCUGCUGCAAGCUCAUCACAAGACGACAUGCUUGCACAAAUGCUCAAGGAGAUGGAAGCCGGCAACUUCCCCGGCAUGGACGGUGACGGAGGAGAUUUCAAUUCAAUGCUCAUGGGCAUGAUGGAACAACUAGUCAACAAAGACAUCUUGUACGAGCCCAUGAAGGAGCUUCACGAUAACUUCCCCGAGUGGUUGGAGAAGAACAAAGAUUCCACUUCAAAAGAAGACCUGGAACGCUACAAGACACAACAAGCCGUCGUCAAAGAUAUCGUAGACAGGUUUGAAAGGAAGAACUUUAGUGACGACAACAAGGAAGAUCGGGAAUAUAUUGUGGACAAGAUGCAACAGAUGCAAGCAGCAGGGGCGCCCCCACCUGGCCUGGUCGGUGACAUGAAUGCCGCUCAAGAUAUGCUCAGUGAAGCCGACGGCUGUCCACAGCAAUGA